CCCUCCCCUCCUUUCUCUGCCACGCUCCCACUGAUCCCCUCUCUCCCUCUCUCAGGCAGCUGUCACAUUCCCUCCAUCCUGGGCUCAUCAUGUUCAGGGCUCUCUUCCUGCUGCUCCUGCUCUCCUCCUCUGCACUGAUCUGGGCGGACACCGAGGAAGAGGAGAGUGACAAUGGCACCGAUCUCAGCAUAGAGACUGUGGAGAAGCCAGAGUCUUGUGUGGACCAAGUGGAAAUGGGGGACAGCAUUCAGCUUCACUAUACGGGAAGGCUGGAGGAUGGGCGUGUAAUUGACAGCUCUUUAUCCCGAGAUCCACUUGUGGUGAUACUUGGAAAGAAACAAGUGAUACCAGGUCUAGAGAAGAGUCUGCUGGGAAUGUGUGUUGGAGAGAAGCGCAAAGUGGUUAUCCCACCUAGUUUGGCAUAUGGAAAAAGAGGAUACCCCCCUUCUAUACCAGGUAAUGCUGUGCUACAGUUUGAGACUGAAGUUAUAUCACUAACCAAGCCCACACAGUGGCAGACCCUGGUGGACGAUGUCCUGCCCCUGCUCUGCAUUGCCCUUGUGCCCACACUCUUAGGAUUGAUUGGAUACCACCUGUACUCCAAGUCAAAGACGCCAACUGUGUCCAAGAAGAAGUUAAAGGAAGAAAAAAGGAACAAAGCCAAAAGAAAAUAAACACUCUAAUUUUAUCAAACUGCCAAGUCUGAUUUAGUUCUUCAUUUUCUGGGUGUUUUUGUGUUUGGUGAUUAAGACAUUAUCGCUAUUGAAAACCAUCUUUUUUACAUCAUUCAAUGUGCUGCUGAAGCUCACCCAGACAAGAACAAUGCUGAGACAGCGGAACAUUUGUGCUAAUCUCCAUCCAGCCUGGGAUGCCAUAUGAUAAAAACAAAACAAUGUUGGCUUAUUAAUUUAUUUUAAUAUUGA